CCUGGGGUUUUUCCUUAGAGAAGUUCUGAAUUCUGUGGUUUCACUCAUUUGUGAGCUAGAACAGAUUUAGUUGCAAUCCUUUUUGUGAAAUUUCUUACAGCUGUUCUGCUGGGCACUGAAAAUUGUCAAAGCAACGUGGCGUUGUGCUCCUCAAUAAACAGCCCUUUGAGGAAGAAGUAAAAAGGAUGGAUGCUUGGUGCAUAGAAGGGGGAAAUCAUCAUGAAGCAGGUUAGUGUGGUUAUAUUACAUGAUUGGCAGUGAAUAGGAAGGAGGAUACAUAUGUGAUUGGGGUGCACUGUAUUAUGUAUGUAUUGAUUGCAUUGUAACUUGAAACCUUGGUCCAUGGAUGGUGGUUGAGUUAAUUAAGACUGUUUGGAUUAUGAAGGAGGGAAGGGAAAGCAGUUAAUGCAUGCUUUAGUCAAGAAGGCAUGCUACAACUUUCCCAUCGAAACAGGGUGCAGGAGAAGGGUGUCACCCCAAUUGUGGCAUCUCCCCUCCAUGUGCACUCUGCCGAAAAUGACAUUUACACAGACAUAAGGUUAUAGUAGUAUAUUUUUAUGCAUGCAUUCUUUGAGUGGAUAAGUGUGGGGACUGCCUCCUGCUGGAUGCCACUGGGGAAGUACAUGAGCAUCAUCAAGAUUUUGUUAGUAUCUAAAGCUCAAGACGAGAACUAGAGAAAAGAUCCGGCGGCAACGACAUCCCCUCUUCCACGGGGCACCCAAGGACAGAGAGAGAACCAGAAGGGAACUUGGAGAAGCUUGGGUCACGUGACCACACAGUCAAUAUUCUUACCGUUGAAAAAGUAACACCUCUACUCCCCAAAACUGCUAAAUGCCAAAUACAAAAUACCCGUUGUUUGUCUUUCCCUCUCCCUCUCCCAACGGCUACAGCUGAAACUGUAUAUGUAUGUAUGUAUCGCCACAUUCGAUCUGUUGGCCCUAUAAAACUGCAGCUCAAGCUCAUAGCUCCUUCUCUGUAUCCCAACCAACAAUGGCAUCUUUCCCCACUCCCUUUUCUUCUGUUUUCCUAUCUUUCUUUGUCUCCCUGCUGCUGCUGAUUUGCUCCUCCAAUGCCACCGCCUACCCUGCCGGAAAGCACCACCGUUUCGGCCACCACUUUGCCUUCCACAACUACGGAGACGCCCUCUCGAAAUGCAUCUUGUUUUUUGAGGGCCAGAGAUCGGGCAGACUCCCCCCUAACCAGAGAAUCACCUGGAGAAAAGACUCUGGCCUUACUGAUGGCUCAGCAAUGAAUGUCGAUUUGGUGGGAGGGUACUAUGAUGCAGGGGACAAUGUGAAGUUCGGGUUUCCAAUGGCCUUCACCACCACCAUGCUCUCAUGGAGCGUCAUAGAGUUCGGUGGUCUGAUGAAGGGAGAGCUGCAGCACGCCAAGGAAGCCAUCCGCUGGGGCACUGACUAUCUCCUCAAGGCCACAGCUCACCCUGACACCAUUUAUGUCCAGGUGGGAGAUGCAGGCAAGGAUCACUCCUGCUGGGAAAGGCCCGAGGACAUGGACACUCCAAGAACUGUGUUUAAAAUUGAUAAGAACACUCCAGGCACAGAAGUCGCGGCUGAAACCGCUGCUGCUCUGGCUGCAGCCUCAUUGGUCUUCAGGAAAACUGAUCCUGUCUACUCCAGGCUCCUAGCCACAAGGGCCAUCAGGGUGUUUGAAUUUGCGGACAAGCACAGAGGUGCCUACAGUGUUGGGUUGAGAUCAUACGUGUGCCCCUAUUACUGUGACUUUUCCGGGUACCAGGAUGAGCUGCUGUGGGGAGCUGCCUGGCUACAUAAAGCAACCAGGAAUCCUGGGUACCUCAGCUAUAUCAAAGCAAAUGGGCAGACACUUGGAGCUGAUGAAUCAGACAACACAUUUGGGUGGGACAACAAGCAUGUUGGGGCCAGAAUUCUUCUUUCCAAGGCAUUUCUUGUCCAAAAUGUCCAGACUCUCCACGAUUACAAAAGCCGUGCAGAUAACUACAUUUGCUCCCUGAUUCCAGGGACUCCCUACUCCACUGCCCAGUACACCCCAGGUGGGCUUCUGUUCAAGAUGAAGGAUGACAACAUGCAGUACGUAACAUCCACUUCCUUCCUCCUGGUGACCUAUGCCAAAUACUUAACCAUUGCUCGCAAGGUUGUCUACUGUGGAGGUGCUGUUGUCACCCCUACCAACCUCAGAGCUUUGGCCAAGAAACAGGUGGACUAUCUUCUGGGAAGCAAUCCGUCGAGAAUGUCGUACAUGGUGGGGUAUGGUGGCAGGUAUCCCCAGAGGAUCCACCACAGGGGUUCCUCCCUUCCAUCCAUAGCCGCCCAUCCAUGGAAGAUCCAGUGCUCCUACGGGUUCUCCUUCAUGAAUUCCCAAUCCCCUAACCCUAACAUUCUCACAGGUGCCGUCGUGGGAGGUCCCGACCGCGUGGAUCAAUUCCCGGACCAGAGAUGGGAUUACGCGCAGUCGGAACCCGCCACUUACAUCAAUGCACCCCUCCUUGGCACCUUGGCAUACUUUGCACACUCAUUCGCCCAAUUAUAGAUAAUACUUAAGAAGUGUAUAACUGUGUAUUUUUGUUGCCUGCCAACUUUUACCUAAUUAUUAAUUUAUUUGUUUA